AUGGCCUUUGGUAUUGGCACUCACACACACCUCAAGCCCCCAGAUACUGCAUCCAGUGCAAAUGGAUCACGUCACAGACCUGAAGGUAUAAUUGACGUCACAUCCUCUACUCCUUCUACACCACUCACCAUCGCUUCACCAAGCAGUAACAGUACAAAACCUUCAACGAUGGGUAAAAAUCAAACCAAAAGACGUUCUUGGUUCUCAUUUCGUAAAAUCAAAUCAGAUCUGAAAUCUACAGAAACGAAUAAUAACCGGUCAACUCCUACAUCAGAUCAAGUGACACCAUUACCACCACCACCAUCCAGCUGGACCAGCCAAAAUCAAGAAGAACGUUUAAGACCGAUACAAUUCGCACCCAAUAGAAUCCAAACUUUAUACGUCACCAAAUCAGAACGAGACUUAUAUCUAGCUGCAAUGUCGCAAUUGGACGAAUCUCCCCCUCCUUUACCGCUCUGGUCAGAAAGAGCACCCGAAUUACCAAAGCUGAAUAAUCAAUAUACGCCCUUGAAGGCCCCGAGUAUUCCUAACAGCAGCAGUAUUGGUCAUUCGAGAAGUAUGUCAGAAGGUACCAGUUUUCAUCCUCAUCCAUUGACUUCAGCACCUCUUUCACCUAAAUUAGUCACAUCACCUCAAAUGGGACGAUCGGGUUUGAUGGUAAGAGAUGAAUUCAGAAGAAACGAGCCCGUCAGGAAAGCAAAACACGCUUUAAUGGCGUUCACGUCUACUUCAGGUUUACGAUUUACGGGAUUUCCUAGUGAUACGAUGUGGGCUGUCAACACGGUUAUACAAGAAAACUGGAGUCAACAUAUCAGGAACAGAACUUCAUAUAACAAUGGUAAUUGGGAUUUUGAAUUGUUUGGUAAAGUGUGGAAGCGAAAAGGGUCACAAGAAUUAGACUCAAUACGACUGAUUAUCGCGAUACUGUCUAUACUCGGUAUCCAUGGGUGGACGUUGAUUGAGGGAGUUCAAGCAGGGGGAAGCAAAAAAGACACACACAACCUGCUCUUCUCGUACUCCGUUGAAAGUUCCCUAAAGCCACCUCUGUUUUUCGCUGUAUCUAUCCCUCUGCCCGAUCGACUUUCCCUCAUCUCUGCUCCUCCUAAGGUGACUCCAGCUAUCGUCUCCGCUCUAAGAGACGCGAUCAUGUCCAACUCUGCUAAGUCGAACUCCCACUCUAAAGAUCCGACAUCUACGACAGCCGAUACUAGCGCAACUAUCGCUUCGAGUAAAGACAAUUCCAAUCGCGAUGCCAAGUCCAAGCCAUCCAAAGUCAAAUGGAAUGGUUAUGACCCAAGAGGUAUAAAGUUGGAGGGAUGGAUUCAUGAUGGCGUAUACAGAUUCUGGAUAGAUGGUAUGAGGAGGUGGCUGGGCGGCGCUGUGAAGAGAAAAGUGGUCGAAAAUCUACAUCCCAACCUUCUGAUCUCCAUCAUAAACAACAUAACCACACUUCACUUCGCAUUGACAGCUUCUAUUCCUCUUCUGCCACUUGUAAAAGGUCGAGACAUACUUAUUUUCUCUUCUUUGCCAUCUUCCGGCCUUUCAGUCACCGAUUCUUAUGUUCCGAAAACAUCUUCUAGAGCUGGAACAGAAUCUCCUGUUCUUGUAUCCCCCUUUGACUCUGUGCCCGCCCAAGAAUUACCGGACAAUCCAACAGAGGUGGAUCCUGAUAAUCGCCAACUCCCAUGGACAUCAGUAGUGACUGAUCAUCCUAAAGCUAACUUGCCUAUAAAUUCGUCCAAGCCUCCAUCAGCUAUGGCGCCUCGACCCGAAAGUCAAAGAAAGAGAACACCAAGUCAGGAAUCGACCAAACCACUUCUAGCUGCGCCAUCAGCUUCGGCUAAUUCGACACCGAAACAGAAGAAUGUACUCAUAAAGAAAAACUCUCUACAACGCCGCAGAUCUGUCUCAGCUAAUGGCAAUUACUCUCAGCGACAACCUGACUCCCUAAGAGCCUCUUCAGCUCAGGCACAGUAUGCUCUUGCCAAUGAUAACAAGAGAGAUUCAGCUCGAAGUCAGAAACACAUCUUAGGUCAGGCAGAAGAUACUCAAUAUUUUCAUGCGAUCAAUCCAGAUACCACUUGCGAAAGCUGGACGCUCUUUGAUCCUCCUCCCAACGUAGGUAAACUAGGUGUGACAAUGUACGACAACGACAGAAACAAUACCAAUCACUUUACUGCACCUAGUCCCGAAGGUCAAAACGAUACCUUGGGAAGGACUUCUUUAGAAGGGACGCAGGAAUCCGGUGAGGCAUCCAUCUACGCGGAUGCUCCAGCAACAUUGCAGGAAAGAUCCAUUCCCGUACAAUACGAACCGUCGUCACCCUCCAAGAUCGGUCGAAAUCUUCCAGUAGAUCAGUUUGAUCCCCCAAGGAAUAUUCUUUCACCUUCAUCUCCUGAAUCAGCCUUUGAUACGGAAUCAACUUAUACUCAUCCGCUGCUACUGGGUCAACCUAUGGAUCAUAACGAUUAUCAUAAUGAACCCACAAGUGUUCCGUUGAAAGAUUGUGAUAGUCCUCCGAAAAGAGGAAGAGCUGGUCUAGUCCAUUUGGGAUCAGGCGUGAACAGUGUUCAUGGUAGUGUUGGUUACUUGCAGAGUAUGAUCUCUGGUAUCUCGGGACAUAACAGGUUAUCAACAGAUAUUGAACAUUACCCUAUUCCCCUACCACAACAAGCAGUCCAGGAAAGAGAAGGGGAAGCAGAAAAAUCAAGGAGUAUUGUUCCGCAACCCGAGAUCAAUAUCAUCCAAAAUGAUGCUCCAGACACAAAUUCGCAAGAACUUCCUCCUCCCCUCCCAGCUAGACCUCACGAAUCUAAUGAAGAGAAAGAAAGACAAAGACACAAAUACAUAGACUGGGAGAGAAAAGGGAAAGUGAGCGAAGGUAUGAGAAGGAUUUGGGAUGAGAAUGAUAAUUCAUGGAAAGAUAUUCCUGUUUCAAAGAGUAACGGUGUGGGUAGUACGAGAACAAGGGUCAGCUUGAGUUAG